AUGACUGGUACUUCUGAAGAAACGGGAAUAGUGGACGUGAUCAUCAGAAAUGCUGAACUCGCUGAUCAGAGUGAGUUGAUCUCUCAGUUAAUGCAACGAAUUGCAGAUAUGCAGGAAGAGCUUCAACAGACCAAAGAUCUGGCCAAACUGGCCAUUGCAUUGAAUGAACCCCCUCUUGAAACUAGAAGACCUCCUCCUCCUUUUCCAUCACUGAGUUCCCCAUUACCCAACUAUUUCCCUACCCAUACCACAGGACCAAUCACUUCCAUCCCUAAUUCUCAUACCAUCGACUUAACUGUAUCCAACACUCCUUAUGCCAGCACUUCCUACCAAACACCACCACCAUUACCAAAUCCGAACCAAGCACCUAACACUAAUCACUCCCAAAACUUCAUGCCAACCUAUCAAAUCCCAGUCCCAGUCCCCAAUAAUCCAAAUGUUUUGCCUAGCUUGCCUACACACCCUUCCGUAACAUUCCAAACUCCACCAGUCUAUACAAUCUCUGAGCCAUGUCCUAGCUUUCCAGUUCAACCGGAGCUUGAUCACUAUGAAGAAAUGGAGAAGGAGUGGAGGUUGAGAGAAGAAAAGCGUGAACAAGAGAUGAAUGUUAUGAAGGAUGCCAUCUCCGAGGCAGUAAAAAGUGUUCAAUCUUCGAGGAAGAUAACAGGACUUGAGUAUGAGGACCUUUGCAUGCACCCUGGCUUGGAAAUACCCGAAGGUUACAAAAUUCCAAAAUUUGAAACCUUCAAUGGUAUUGGCAAUCCCAUGGCUCACCUACGAGCUUAUUGUGACAAACUCGUGGGUAUCGGGAAAAAUGAUGCAUUGAUUAUGAGGUUGUUUAGUCGAAGCCUCAGCGGGGAGGCGUUAAAAUGGUUCACAUCUCAAGAACUCCGUCAGUGGUCUACAUGGGGGGCUCUGGCCAAAGAUUUCUUGGAGAGAUUCCAGUUUAAUGUCGAAGCUGUCCCUGAAAGAUAUUAUUUGGAAAAAAUCAAGCAAAAGUCCACGGAGGACUAUCGUGAAUAUACGUGCCGCUGGAGGAAAGAAGCUGCAAAGGUACAACCUGUGAUGACUGAAAAUGAAAUAAUCUCUGCUUUUAUUCGAGCUCAGGAGCCCGAGUAUUAUGAAAGGAUGUUGCCUAUGAUGGGACAAAAGUUUUCGGAGCUGAUCAGAAUGGGAGAAGCAAUAGAAGAUGGCCUCAAGUUUGGAAAGGUUACAAGUCUCACUGCCUUGCAGGCCGCCAACAAAUCCUCACCAUCCAUGGCCACAGGAUUCGCUAGGAAAAAGAGAGAGGACAUGUCUGCUGUAUCUUUUAGCCCGAGGCCAAGGCCGCAAAGGUAUUUUGGGUCUGGUUCUGCCAUUGGAAACUCCAAUCGAUUCCCCACCUCAAAUAUUUACCCACCAUCUCCACAAGCUCCAAUCCCAAUCUACUAUGCACAACAGAACUACCAAGCACCACCGCCCAUCUACCAAAAUCAACCACUAACCUACCAAAAUACACUACCAAAUCACCAAGCCAAUGCACCAGUCUACCAAAAUCCCGGACAAAACAACCCAAAUGCCAACAAUCUACCCCGCCCUAACCUCGAAAGAAAGCCUCCCAGAGUUUUCACUCCUUUGGCAGAAACACGUACCCUACUCUUUGAGCGUCUAAGAGCGGCAGGAUUGAUCCAACCAGUAGACGCAAGGGCAAUUAAUCCCACAACAAAGUUCUUCCGAGCAGAUCAACGUUGUGCGUACCAUUCUGGAGGGGUAGGACAUGAUACAGAAGGAUGUAUUAAUCUGAAACAUAAGAUUCAAGACUUGAUCGAUAACAGGGUCAUCACUCUCCAAGCCCCUGCCCCCAAUGUGAACCUUAACCCAUUUUCGAAUCAUGGAGGAGCCACCAUCAACAUGAUCGAAAGAGACGAAGAUUGGCUUGCUAAUGGGACUAUCGGUGAAGCAGCUGUCAACUCACUUAUACCAGCAGUGGCCUCAUUGACCAUAAAGGCUCGUCCAGAGUUUGUUGUAAUAACUACACCUCAUCAGGCAUUUGCUUUGGUGAAGGAAAGAAGCAAUGAACAGUCCGAAAAAAGGUUUGUUGUCCAGGCGGCCACCGCACAAGGGAUGACACGUUCUGGAAGGUGCUAUAUUCCAAAAGAACUAACUCAGGAGACACGAAGAAAGGAGAAUCAAAAAAGGCCGAUCACAGAGGGUGAGGCUGAAGAGUUUUGGCGAAGAAUGCAGCCUAAGGAGUAUUCCAUUGUCAAGCAUUUGGAGAAGACUCCCGCUCAAAUUUCUGUUUGGGCUCUAUUAAUGAGUUUUGAGUACCAUCGAAAAGCACUGUUGAAGGUACUUGAUGAAGCAUAUGUGCCGACGGGAACAAGUGGUGAGAAUCUGGCCACCAUGGUAAGUCAUGUCAUUGGGAGUCAUCAAAUCUCUUUCCGAGAAGAAGAGUUGCCACUCGAAGGGGUUAUGCACAACCGUGCCUUGUAUAUUACCGUCAAAUGCAAGGAUAAGUUUGUAGCUCGAGUAUUGAUUGACAAUGGCUCAGGGCUCAAUAUCUGCCCAUUAUCAACCCUGACUCAGCUAAAUUAUGAUGUAGGGAAAAUUCGUCAAAGCCGCAUGAAUGUAAGGGCGUUUGAUGGUUCGCAAAGAGAGACCAUGGGGGAAAUAGACCUGUGUAUCCAAAUGGGGCCUGCAGAAUUUGUCACUGAAUUCCAGGUGAUGGGUAUAUCUACAAGUUACAACUUAUUGCUAGGAAGACCAUGGAUCCAUGCUGUUGGAGCAGUUCCAUCCACAUUGCAUCAACUUUUGAAGUUCAUCUGGGAGGACCAUGAAAUUGUCAUCCAUGGUGAAGGGAGUAAUCAUAGUUACCCUGGUUUCUCCAUUCCAGUUAUUGAAGAGUCUUCUCAGGGUACUGACUUUCACAUGGUGGAGAUAAUGAAUGCUGCUUUUGAAGACACGACACUGCAAGUACCAAUGCCGCAAGUGUAUAAAAUGUUAGCUGCAACUAUGCUGAGAAGUGGUUUUGAACCUGGGCGUGGGUUAGGCAAGAAUUUGGAUGGCAUAUCCGAACCUCUUCCUAUACCACUUCAAAAUUUCCGAUUCGGUAUCGGUUAUGCCCCAACAGAGGAAGAAUUGUUUGAAGCAGAAACAAGGAAGAAACAUGACUGUGAUAUACCGAAGCCUAUUCCAGUAUUGUACCAGUCAUUUGUUGCUAAAGCUUUAGAGCCUGAGAUUGAUGGUCUAGUGGAAGGGAUGAGAAAAUUGUUUGAUGAAGAAGAUUGUGCUGUGAUCUCGGCAGAAUGCACAACAACACCCACCAUCCGAGAUGUCGGACCUGGAGAGAUGCUGCAGAAUUGGAUGGCCACUCCACUUAUGAUCCAUCGAAUGGCUUGUAAAAAUGAAUCUGAACCUGCCAAUGUCAUGACAUGUCACGAACACGGCGAACCAAGUAAGGUCGAUGAAGAUGAAUGUGAAGAAUAUAAUGAGGAAACUAUGAUGCCUGAACACCUUACCGAGAACUUGAGGCAACCUGAAGACGAUAAAAAGCCCAACCUAGAUGAAACAGAGACAGUAAAUUUGGGAGAUACGAGGUUAAGCACUGAUAUUGUUUCCCAUAAGCUGCCUAUCAAUUCAGAGUACUGUCCAGUAAAGCAGAAAACCAGAAAGUUCAAGCCCGAUCUGAGUUUAAGGAUAAAAGAGGAGGUCAUGAAUCAGAUCGAAUCAAAAGUCGUUGAAGUGACCAAGUAUCCCACUUGGUUGGCAAACAUUGUUCCAGUGGCGAAGAAAGAUGGAAAAAUCAGGAUAUGCGUGGAUUAUCGGGAUCUCAACAAAGCAAGUUCGAAAGAUAAUUUCCCUUUGCCAAACAUACACAUACUCAUCGAUAAUUGUGUUAAGCAUGAGUUGCAAUAUUUUGUAGAUUGCUUUGCGGGAUACCACCAGAUUCUAAUGGAUGAAGAAGAUGCAGAAAAAACAGCAUUCAUCACACCUUGGGGAGUCUACCAUUAUCGAGUGAUGCCGUUCGGCCUCAAGAAUGCUGGAGCCACUUACAUGAGAGCUAUGACCACCAUUUUCCAUGAUAUGAUCCACAAAGAAAUCGAGGUGUAUGUGGACGAUGUCAUCAUAAAAUCUCGCGAGAGUUCGGAUCACCUAACACACUUGGAAAAGUUCUUUAACAGGUUACGUAGGUAUGAUUUGAAGUUGAACCCAGCCAAAUGUGCAUUUGGAGUGCCUGCAGGAAAGUUACUCGGAUUCAUAGUUAGCAGAAGAGGUAUCGAGCUUGAUCCUUCCAAGAUCAAGGCAAUUCAAGACUUACCUCCUCCGAAGACUAAGAAGGAAGUAAUGAGUUUUCUGGGAAAACUAAAUUACAUUAGUCGAUUCAUAGCUCAAUCAACGGUGAUAUGUGAGCCCAUAUUCAAGUUACUACGAAAAGAUGCGCCAACCAAAUGGACCGAAGAAUGUCAGAAAGCUUUUGACACCAUCAAGAGUUACCUUUCGAAUCCACCAGUGUUGGUGCCACCACGUCCAGGCAGUCCUUUGCUAUUGUAUUUAUCCGUCUCUGACAAUGCAUUCGGGUGUGUGUUGGGACAACAUGAUGAGACUGGAAGAAAGGAGAAAGCUAUAUACUAUUUGAGCAAGAAAUUCACAUCUUAUGAGGCUCGUUACACCCUUUUAGAGAGAACUUGUUGUGCUGUGACUUGGGUUGCUCAGAAAUUGAGACAUUAUCUGUCGGCUUAUACAACACAUCUCAUUUCGAGGAUGGACCCGCUUAAGUACAUAUUUCAGAAAGCAAUGCCCACAGGAAAGCUAGCAAAGUGGAAAAUAUUGUUGAGUGAGUUCGAUAUUGUGUACAUGACUCAGAAAGCAAUCAAGGGGCAAGCUUUGGCAGAUCACCUUGCUGAAAACCCAGUAGAUGAAGGAUAUGAACCGCUUAAAACAUAUUUCCCUAAUGAAGACGUAUUGUUUGUAGGGGAAGACAUAUCAGAAUCAUAUCCUGGGUGGAGAAUGUUCUUUGAUGGAGCAGUAAAUUCUAUAGGAUCAGGAAUUGGAGCAGUGUUGAUAUCUGAAUCGGGGCAACAUUAUCCAGCAACAGCAAAGCUUAGAUUCCGAUGCACUAAUAACAUGGCUGAGUAUGAAGCAUGUAUUCUUGGCAUUAGAAUGGCUCUUGACAUGAAUGUUCAAGAAUUACUGAUAAUUGGUGAUUCAGACUUGUUGAUUCAUCAAGUUCAAGGAGAAUGGGCAGUGAAGAAUCCUAAAAUCUUACCAUACGUACAAUUGGUACAGAGGUUAUGCAAAAGAUUUAGGAAGACCGAGUUCAGACACACACCAAGAAUACAGAACGAGUUUGCUGACGCCCUUGCAACUAUACCGUCCAUGAUACAACAUCCAGAAAAGAGUUAUAUCGAUCCAAUUAAGGUAGUUUUAAAAGAACAACCAGCACAUUGUUCACAUGUGGAAGCAGAAUGGGAUGGGAAUCCAUGGUAUAUCGAUGUGAAAAAGUACUUAGAGGCUGGCGAAUAUCCGAAAAAGGCAACAAGUAUUCAGAAGAAAACAAUCCGAAGAAUGACAAAUAACUUCUUUUUGAAUGGAGAGGUUCUUUAUAAGAGGACACCCGAUCUGGGAUUAGUGAGAUGUGUGGAUGCUGUAGAAGCCACAAAAUUGUUUAAAGAAGUGCACUCUGGAGUGUGUGGGACGCACAUGAAUGGGCUUACAUUAGCAAAGAAAAUCUUAAGGGCGGGAUACUUCUGGAUGACUAUGGAAAAUGAUUGUGGCCGAUUUGUCCAAAAAUGCCAUAAAUGCCAGGUGCAUGGAGAUCUUAUCAAGGUACCACCCCACGAGCUCAAUGCGAUGAGUUCCCCUUGGCCAUUUGCAGCCUGGGGCAUGGAUAUUAUUGGACCGAUUGAGCCUGCUGCCUCCAAUGGUCACAGGUUCAUUUUGGUCGCCAUUGAUUACUUCACAAAAUGGUUUUUAGCCCCAGUUUUGACCUUACCAGAGGGUCCAGAGGGCUAUGUGGUGUAUUUUGUUGCUUCAAGCAGCGGGUUUGAUUGUGUUCUGAUGCAACCUGGUAGGUAUGUUCCUGAUGAGUCUCAUAUGCUCCAGUAUGAUGCAGUUGAGUUGUAUGAUGGUUUGACCUUUGUGAAGGAGCCAUUUGCUAUUCUAGCCAAAGAUGGGCAAUAA